AUGGCUGAUUUUGAUGUCACAGGAUCAAAAACUGUGAUUAGCAAGGAAGUCAAUGGGACGUUUUUGUCCUCGAUAGUCAUAAGGGGAUGCAUGGAGAAUUCAGCCAGAGGAGAAAGAUGCUUCAGACGACAGAAUUUGGACUCUUUUGAGACGUUCUCCCCAACACGAGUCAAAAUGGGUGAGUCCAUGAGCGUUAAGUGCCAGUAUGACGUGGAUCUAACAGCAUCCUUCCCUCCUCCUUCCUGCUCCUCCCCUCUUCCCUCCCGGCAUCUCUCCCCCGCACCAGAGCUCAAGAAUCCCAGCAUCAGCUUUCUGGAUCCUCACAGAUUCUCAGCUUGGCUUGUUUCUCUCUCUCUCUCUCUCUCUCAGGGUGUGUGUGAGUUUGUGUGUGAAAACGGACAGAAGCCUCCAGGUGGGUGGUGGGGGGACAUGGAUGGACUGCGUUUACCUCCUCUCAUAGAAGAGGCUUUGGACUCCACAGAUGACCCCAAUGAUCUGAAAGCUGACAGCAGCCCCACCGAUAACGAGAUAACAGCCAAGGAGAGAGGCAUCCUGGGGGAGAACAACGAGAAGGAGGAAAUGGACCAGGAAAGAUCUCUGGAGGAUGAGGGGGAGGAAAAGAAGCUGAAGGAUGAGGAAGGUGAAGGACUGGAGAAGAACAGGAAGGAGGAGCUGACAGAAGAGCAGGAGCUGGAAGAGCUGAGAUCUCAGAUGCUGCAGCUGCUGCUUGAGCUGGAUGAAGUCAGAGAGACAUCCAACAAACAUCAGGAGAGUUUCCAAGAGCUGCAAGGUUUUUUGGAGGAUGAGCGUCUGGCCAGUGCUCACCAGGCUGAAGCCUUCACAAGGCAGAUCCAGAACCUGCAAGCCCAGCUACGCUCUGUGCAGGAGGAGAUGAACAGUCUGGAGGAGGAAAAAGAGAGCGAGUUGGCCGAGGCCCAAGAGGAGCUGCGUGUGGCCCAUGAGGAGGUGGUCCUGCUCCAGCAGGCCGCAGAGGAGGCAGCCGCGGAGCGGGAGAACGACAUUGCUUCGCUCCAGGAAGAGCUGUGUCGCAGGCGGGCCGAGCUGCAACAUCUCACUGAAGAGACCCAGGAGUACGAGCUGGAGAUCACCACACUGAGGGCUGAGAUCAACAUGAAGAGCCAACGCAGGGAUGCUGAGAGGAGAGAGGGUGACGUGGACCUGCUGAAGGAGGAGUGCUGCAUGCUGAGGGAGGAGUGUCAGACCCUGAAGGAGGACAACAGACGUCUCUCUGAGAAGCUGCAGCUGCUGCAGAGACAGAGGACUUGCUCCAGCGUCUACCUGUCACUGAAAGAAGAAGACACGUUGGAGGGCACGGAGGUGAGGGAGGCGGAGGCAGCCUCAGACGAGGUCCUCACACAGAGCUACAUGACCAUGGCCCAGUCGGAGAACCAUCGCCUGGUGGAUGCCUCCAUCCAGAAAAACAUCUCAUUUGAGGGGAAGCCAGUGACGCCGACGAGCUGGAAUGGAGGCACUGGGGAGAUCUUCUCACUGAGAGACCAGCUGAAGAAGGCUGAGGAGAAGGCCUCCCAGGUUCAGAUGGAGUGUGAUGGUCUGAAGAUGGAGCUGCAGGAGCUUCAGGUCCUGUAUGACAGCAGUCAGAGGGAGAGGGCGGAGCUGGAGGAGGAGCUGCAGCGCUGCAAGGCAGAGCUGGAGAAGCUGUCAGGGGGGGCUCAGAGAUUCAUCCAUCCAUCUGAGCACCCUGUUCUCUCCAUCCCCUUCAUAGGAAUGAUUAUAAUUGUGGCUGUGGUCUGGUGCUGGUUGUCGGAGUUGGCGUCCCAGAGAGCAAGGGGAUUGAGGUAGGUUGGAACUCCAUUGUGACUCUUACUGCAGCCACAGCACUGCUGCUAGCGAUGGCUAGCUUCCUCAGAGCCUUCGUCAGAUGUUGACCAGAUGGGUUGCAACUGCACGUGGAUGGACGUCUGCUUCAGACCAGCCAUCGUUCCCUCCUGCCACAUCCACAGACUAAACUGAAGAUAUUUAUCUGGCAGCAUGACAGAACGAGUCUACGGUACUACGAGAACAACACGAGAGCAUCAGUGACAAUGAGCUGACCUGCCGCCUCCACAUUAAAAGAACAACGUGUCGAAUAAAUGUAAAGUGGUGUGUCAUUCCUCCUCUAGGGUCAGUGAUUGUUUUCUCUUCUAACAAUGUGACAAAAGGUUUGUUAAUGCUUACUGAAUAGGUUUUAGUUUAUUUAAUCUUUAUUUAUUUGUCAUGUUUGUUGAACUUUUGCUCACGGGUAAUGAUGAAAGUUCAGACGGAACCCAAGAAACCAGCAGAUUCUGACCUCAGAUGAUUAGACUGAGUCACAAAGUGAUGUCACUCUGCAGGUUUUACUCUUUCAUUUAUUUAUUUGCAUGCAAACACAGUUAAUGACGUACGGGUGCGAUGAACUCAAUACCUGCUAACCCACACUAAUCCCUACUUCACACGGGAAGCAUCAGUGGCGUGGAACGACAGCAGAACAUCACUGCUUCAAAUUAGAAUCCAUUAUAGUCUAUGGCGGUGAUUCAAGCCAGCCAUGACGUGGAAAUUUUCAGGUGCGUCCCAGAAGCGGCUCGCUGUGCCGCUAAAGAAUUUAAAAAAUUGGUUCUAUUUUUGCCAUGUGCCGCUUCUGUGACACGGAAAUUUCCACAGUUAACAUAGGGCUAGAAAGGAAAUCACAUACAAUUUCAGUGUAAAACCGCUAUGUUUGACAAAUCAAAACAUGUGACCUCUAACGACUUAAUUACCCCCAGUAUUGUUCCAGAAGUGCAGCUAAUGCUUAAUAGUGUGCACUUAUUAUAAAGUGUUACCAACAAACAUGAUUUUUAGUUUAAUGGCAGAUGGCGUAAACUCCAGAGAUUUUGUGAUCUCGCGAGUCCAGCGAGGAAGCUGUUCCGCGGCCAAAAUUCUCCCGAUUUAUACUGGACCGCAGCAAAAGCCGCCAGCAAAUCGUUCUGUUGCCGCUCAGCUCUGCUGAUGCUUCCAGUGUGAAGUAGGGGUUAGCAAAUUAUGUUGUUUUCUGCAUGUAGCCUCUGGGAUGGAAUCAACUCCUCUUCAUCUUUAGUUAGCUAACGUUCUUGCCCGUCCUAACUUGCUUCUUCACUGCAUCGUUUAUCUGGUUGUAAAAAUUACAACUUUGGGAGGAAAUCUUGAUCUUUUCAUGUCACAUUCAUUUAAAGAUGCUUUACUUUCCUCCUGGGUUUGAGUGACUUCAAGAUGAUUGUAGGGAAAUAUUCUUGACCUUCAUAAAGGUACACAGCUUCUAGAUGAAUGAAUGAAUGAAUCAAACCAGGAGCAUGAACACAGCUGGUUUAUGUAUUUAGGAAGGUGUCUGUCAAAUCUUUUGUGUUGUUCACAUCUGUGAAAUGUUCUUUUGGAUGUAACAAUCAUAUUUUAAAAAGCAUGUUAAAAACAGAAGUAGAUUGUUUAUGUUUAUUAUUUGUUACUUUUCAUGUAAAUAAAUGUGACACAUAGUACUUAUGGGAGAGAUUUUUCCUUAGAUCCAUUUGUACUUGCUUUGUAGAAAGUUUUAUUCUAUUUUGAAAGAGCUUCGUAUAUUUGAUAGCCAAAUUACAAAAUGUGUGUAAAUGUAAAUUAAUGGCGACUUUAUUCCGAAGAGUUACAAGUGUUUCUAACCAAUGUUCAGUAAACAGUGAAGCCAUCCCAUAGCUGACGGUCACUUUUCCAGUCUGUUGAAUUUCAGAAACGAGUCAGAAACGUUCUCUAACACUGACAUUCAACAAAACCGUAAUAGUCAGAAAUAUUUCGUUAUGUGAACUUUGAAGAUGCCACAGGACCCCAAAUGUAAAUUAUUAAUCAACUUGAAAUAAAAAUCAUAAAAAUAAAUCCUCCAUAACCAAAAGUCAUUAUUUCUCUUAAAUUUGGAGUUAAUUUCAUGACUAGAAGCCUCUAUGUUGCACAGUGUUGCUGCUUUACCUGUCGAUUAUAACGCUUUCAAUAUAGUUGUAGCUAUUUUGUUACCCGGAGGUCUAUUUUGCACUGCAAAUGACUUGAGAAAAUAAAUAUGACCAACCAG